AUGGGCGCCCCGGAACAAACUCCCAUUUCCUCAGAUGCAGAUGCACUUUCCCAACAAGCUCAACCGCAGUCAUCGGAAAAAGACAAGGAGGAUGCUGGGCUUCAGGAGCAGGAGAAAUUUCAGCACUCAUGGCGAUUGUGGUGUGUCUUUCUUGUUCUUUGCUUACUAUCAUUUAUCUCUGCCAUCGAUGCCACCAUAGUCACCACUUCGCUGCCAACGAUCACGCGCGAUAUUGGGGGUGGUCAAGAAUAUGUUUGGGUCGUCAACUCGUUUCUCUUCACUUCCACGGUACCGCAGCCUCUCUUUGGCCAAAUCUCUGAUAUCUUCGGCCGCCGAAAUCCCAUGAUUGUCGCUAUUGUUCUUUUUGGCAUAGGUAGCGGGCUUGCUGGUGGCGCGCAAAAUCCUGGGAUGCUCAUUGCUGCGCGAACAAUACAAGGCCUUGGAUCAGGCGGAUUGUAUGUACUUUCGGAUAUCAUUGUAUGCGACAUGGUUCCUCCUCGCCACCGCGGUCCCUACCUGAGCGCCAUCCUCUCAACGGCAGCUAUUGGAACGACUAUUGGGCCUAUCAUCGGUGGCGCUCUGGCGCUGAAGAAUUGGAGAUGGAUAUUCUGGCUUAAUCUACCAGCCGCAGCCAUAGGAUUACUCGCAAUUGUCCUCAUCCUCAACGUCAAGUAUAGGCGCAGUCCAACCUGGCGUCAUGCCCUUUCUCGGGUCGACUUCCUGGGCAAUAUCAUCUUCGUGCCAUCCAUGGUCAGCAUAUUCUUUGGUCUAAUCAUGGGCGGCACUCAUGGCUAUCCCUGGAGCUCUUGGAAGAUUAUUGUGCCUCUUAUCCUUGGUAUCCUUGGCUGGAUCACAUUUCACGUCCAUCAGGCCUCGCCAAUUUGCCGAGAACCAAGCAUGCCACCUCGACUGUUCAAACAUCGGACAUCGUCUGGCGGUUUCAUCAUCAUCUUUCUGGGAGCUAUUGUGCUUCAAGCUAUUAAUUACUUCUUGCCCAUCUACUUCCAGGCAGUUAAAGAAGCCACGCCGCUAAUGUCGGGAGUUUAUUUCUUAGCUUUUGCUCUAGCUAUCAUGCCGUUUGGUGGAAUGGCCGGGGCUUUCAUGUCCAAAACUGGUUUUUACAUACCUCUGCAUUGGCUCGGCUUUUCCCUCAGCGCCAUCGGUGUGGGACUGUUCUCAACACUAGACGAAUCUUCCAGUCGAGCAGCGUGGGUUGGCUACCAAGUGCUUGCAUCAGGCGGCACUGGAAUUAUCUUUACAGCCACACUCCCUUCAACACUAGCAGCGCUUCCCGAGUCAGACGUGGCCGUUGCUACAGGCACUUAUUCAUUUGUGCGUUCAUUUGGCCUUGUUUGGGGUGCUACAAUGGCAUCAAUAGCUUUCAAUGGCCAAAUAAAUUCGCAUAUUGAUUCCAUUAGCAACCAGGAAGUUCGCAGUUUGCUCGUCGAUGGAGGUGCAUACGCAUACGCUGCCGUGCAAAGGGGCGGUAUAGCGGAAUUGUCAGAACCUACUCGAAGCCAGGUUAUCGGCGUUUAUGUGAAAGCUCUAAAUGUCGUUUGGUGGAUUGUGACGGCCAUUUCAGUUCUGGGCUUUUUAGCUACUUUCAUUGAGAAACAUGUUGAGCUUCGUAAAAGCCACUCUACAGAGUAUGGGCUUUCAGAAAAGGAUAGCGCAGGGGAUGGGCGCGACUUUGCGGAUUAA